AUGGCGAGUUUGAGAGUUCCUCUGAUUCGCUUGCGAGUGCCUAUCCUGUUCCUUCGAGCCUCAUCGAGGCCUAUCAAUUCGCUCAAUGAAGGCUACGUUAACAGCCAAAUAUCAAGUCACCCUCUGGGGUAUAUAAAGCGAUCAUACUCAUCUCAGCCAAAUGGAAACACCCCCAACAUUUCAUUCCAGCCUGGAAAUCGACUUGCAGGCCGAAAAUGCAUGGUCACCGGUGGGACAUCCGGCAUCGGCUUCGCCAUUGCCGAACGAUUUCUACAAGAAGGCGCAUCGACCAUAGUCCUCGUCAGCCGAUCCCAAACACGUCUAGAGGAAGCAGCCAAAAAGCUUGAGUCUCUCGCAGUUACACUGCCAGAGCUUGCUGAAAGCAACGAUGAAGUCGCAACUCGCGCCCCAGAAGAAGACAACCAGCAAAGCACGCAAGGAAAGAUCCAGCUACUUGUCGGAGAUGUCUCAGAUGCCGGGUCAUGGAUGCGUGAACUCGAAAAGGAAAUGGGAAAUGUAGACAUCCUAGUCAACGCAGCAGGAAUUUCGAUAUCAAACAUUCUGCCCAGAUCCGAGCUGGAAGAUAUCUCCACCAUCCUGCGUACUAAUCUCGAAGGCGCAAUGCUCACUUCGCGCGCAUUGAUGCGCGCCUCUAUCCGGAGUCGGAUACGGUAUCGGAGUGACCCAGCUGCGGGGACCAAACCCCCCUCGAAAUGCAUUAUUAAUGUCUCCUCUUUACUGGCGCUAAAGGGCGGAACUGGCGCAGUUCCAUACGCUGCCUCCAAGGCUGGCCUUCUCGGUCUGACACGAUCAUUGGCUGUUGAGGCAUCGGCUUCGAUGAAAGAUAUUGUCAUUCGGUCAAAUGCUAUCGUGCCGGACUUCACACCAGGGGAGACAAGUAGGCUGAAGGAUCUCAUUCCUCUUCAUCGAUUUGGAGAUCCACGCGAGAUUGCUGAUGCAGCCGUGUUCUUGGCGCAGAAUGAAUAUGCCAACAACUGUGUGCUGAAUCUCGAUGGUGGAUUGAGUGCCGUUUGA